AUGAGUCCAGUGAUGAGCCUGGAAAACGUUGAUUCUUUGGUGGAUUCUCGGAACACUAAGCCGAUGAUGAGCUUUUCAAAAGUGAGAGAGGGUUCAGGUGGGAUGAAAAAUCUCAGAUACGCCACCCCCUUCGCCGACGCUAUCCUGCGCACCACCUCCUUUGUCCUCCUCCUCCUCCACCAUGGAUCUUCCUCAGCUUCACCAUCAUCGUCGUACAUCCUCGACAAGAAGAUGUACAAUUGGCCAUUCCCGAUCACUCUCACCAUGAUCCACAUGGCCUUUUGCUCCUCCCUCACCGUCCUCCUUAUCAAGGUCUUCAAAUUCGUCGAGCUAGUUUCAGUGUCCCGUGAGAUGCUCAAAGCCCUAAUGCCGGUCGCCGUCUACUCAAUCGGAGUCCUCCUCAAUAAGGAAUCCUUCAAAUCGGAGACGAUGACCAACAUGCUCUCGAUCUCCUUCGCGGCGAGGCUAAAUUCGACACAUGGGGAGUGA